AUUUAUUAUUUGACAAGCAACAUUGAAGUGAUGUUGAUGGAUUGGGGUAAUCUCCCAUUGUUGCCGUUACGAUGCGUGUUGGGACAUCUACGCACUAAGGAUGCGUUGGCGGCGUCCUCCGUCUGCCGCCACUGGCGUUCCGCUCUACUCAUGUUUGGGGGUCGCAUGGAUACCCUCAAACUGCGCGUCAGUGAUAUGGAUAGAAGCUGUUUCUUAACUCGUGUGUUCAGGAAACAAGUGAAACAGAUCUACAUAUACAUCGAUUCCAGCCCUGAGGACCUACAGCUGUUCAUGUCUAAUGUAUUCACUCAAUUUUACGACAUGAAAAUGAUAAAAGAAAUAACAUUUAUUGGUCCAAUCUAUUUACAAGAGGAAUCUUAUUCACCAGUAUUUAUGCUCAAACGAAAAACUUUGGAAUCGUUGCCGUUCAAUAACCUGGAUUCGCUGGUGCUCAUGGGCUGUACAGUCAGUCCGUUAGAGUUGAUUGAAAAAGACGAACAUAUGUGUUUAGAGAAGGAGUGCGACCCGUUAGCUUUAUCGUUCAAUAGCGUUUUCACUCCGUCAAAAGAUGUCAACGUGGACAAUGCUACAACUGCCUUGUCAAUGCUUCAAAAUUUAACUAUCGAAUACGACCACGUUAGUUCAGAAGUGGUGACUUGUUUGUCACAUCUCAAGCACUUCAAGUACUUCAACAUUAAUAUCACGAACAAAACGAAUCUGAAACGCAAACCGCUGGAUUGGGGGAAUUUGAACGAUCUGUAUCCAAACGGACUUAAUAUUUGCAUUAAUAUGAUCUGUGUGCCGGAGAGCAAGUUCAACAAAGUGAUGUCUAACGUGCUGGUAGAGGAAUUACCGCUCAAAUCUAUGAAGGUCAUGUUUUGUAAAACUCUACAUCUCCCGUUGAUCAAGCAAUUGACUAAUUACUAUAAGAAGUCUCUUCGUGAGCUGGUGUGGGUUGACAGUCCAUUCGACCCCAUUGAAGACAAAGAAAUAUUGAAAGCGGAAGUCAGAGAUGACUCGUACGCAAUGUUCAACAUGAAUCCAUUGGUACUGCUGUGUUGGCAAUGCCACCAACUUCAGAGGCUUGUAUUACACGGUUAUUGGAUAUGGCACUACGACUUGGUGGGAUGUGUGAGACUGCGCUGCCUGGAGCAGCUGGACGUGUCCGCGGUGGAGGUGAGGGAGACGCACUACUUGCGGCUGCGCGGCGGCGCGCCCGGACACGUGCUCACCACCGACACGCACGGCAAGCUCGACAGAGAGAUACUGCACCACAUAAACAAAUAUAUGAACGUGAAAUGGAAGCCUCGUACGUGGCGCAAGUUACAUCGCGCAGUACGCGGCGUCGCCUCGCACGAUGACAGAGUCGACUUCAUACUGCAGGAAGCUAAACAGACCUACAGUAUCGUGUAAGUCUUACAGCAGAACUCCACUGUCGUAACACAAUCCAUAGACAAAAUAACUGUCAGUUUCGAAUGUCACGAAAUGUUGUCUAUGUUCUGUCAAAGUGAAUGUAAAGAUUGACAUUGACAUGUGUCAACGAAAUCGAUUGAUAAUUAAAAGUUCUUUCCAUACUUUCCAUGUUUGUGAUAUGUUUAUUUUAAUACAUUAUGACAUGUUUUGUCAAUUUUACUAGUGAUAUCUGAACUAGGAUGCGAUUUUGUCUACGAAGUACACUAAUAUUGAUAUUCCUAUCAUUAUCUAUAAGUAAACCAGAGAUAA